GUAUAUAAGGCUAUACAACUUCGCCGAGACAAUCAGAAGGACGACAAAUCUGAAGCGAUUCACACAUCUUUUCGAACUGAAACUAACUAUAAGUACCGCACAUUCAAACGAACCAUGGCUGUAGGAGCGAAAACCCCGAUGACCAUUCUGUGUCUGAGCAUCUUUCUCGCUGGUCAUGCGCUGGGCGCAUCCACAUCCACAUUCACAUCCACAUCCGGAGGACUACAAGGACGUGCACAGAGGAUCGCCGAGUGCAGGGAGCUCUGCUACCGCCAGUCCAUGCCAGUGAUCACACCACCGCUGCUCUGCCGAUCCCGGCCAGAGUGCUACAUGUGCCACGACUACUGCCGCGUCCUCGACGUUGUCCAGCGCAGUCUGGCCACCUCCAUGUGCGCGGACCGGGAGUUCUGCACCCGCGGAUGCCGGGUGGCCUGCUCGUACCACCGCCUGAGGAUAUUCCAGUUCCCCCAGGAAUUGGCCGCUGCCAAUGCGGUGAUCAAGCAGUGAGAAUGUCCUGCACACUGCGACUCUUGUACAUAUGUAAUUCGCCAUAAGUUAGCAACUAUUAUUAGUUACGAACUGUAUAUAAGUUACAAAAUAAACUAAACUAC